GGCAUCAAGCCAUCUUCCAGACACUAAACGAUGCCACCAUGUGCAUCAGCGGGGCUGGCCAUGCCGGCAUGGAGGCGUCACUCUGCAAUCUGAUCGAGGACGGGGACGUUGUGCUCUUGGGCGUCACCGGCGUCUGGGGACAUCGGGCCGCAGACAUGGCCCGACGGUAUGGCGCCGAUGUGCGCUACGUGGAGGCCAGCUUUGGGCGCGCCCUAAGCCAGGAGGAGAUCAAGUUCGCCUUCGAGACACACCGGCCGCGCGUCUUCUUUGUUGCCCAGGGCGACUCGUCGACGGGCAUCAUUCAGCAGAAUAUCCGCGAGCUCGGCGAGCUGUGCCGACAGUUCGACUGCUUCCUGGUGGUGGACACUGUGGCCUCGCUGGGCGGCACCGAGUUCCUAAUGGACGAGUGGAAGGUGGAUGUGGUGUACACGGGCUCGCAGAAGUCGCUCGGCGGCCCAGCCGGCCUCACGCCCAUCUCCUUCAGCAAGCGCGCCCUCACACACAUCAAGCAGCGCAAGAGCAAGCCAAAGGUGUACUACUUCGACAUCCUGCUCAUCGGCCAGUACUGGGGCUGCUACGGCACGCCGCGCAUCUACCAUCACACCAUUUCGUCCACGCUGCUGUACGGACUGCGGGAGGCUCUCGCGCACUUCUGUGCCGUGGGACUGAUAGGCGUGGUGCGACGCCACCAGGAGUGCUCGCGUCGCCUGCAGCUGGGCAUCGAGGAGCUCGGCCUCGAGAUGUUUGUGCAGCGCGAGGACGAGCGCCUGCCCACCGUCAAUACCAUCAAAGUGCCGUUCGGCGUCGACUGGAAGAAAGUGGCAGAGUACGCCAUGCGCAAAUAUAGCGUGGAGAUCAGCGGCGGCCUGGGGCCCACUGUGGAGCACGUCUUUCGCAUUGGCCUCAUGGGCGAAAAUGCCACAGUGGAGCGCGUGGACAUGGUCCUCAGCAUUCUGCACGAGGCCAUUCAGAGCAUCAAGCUGCGGGCUGUUAAGGCGGAACGUUCCAAAAUAUGAUUCCCUUCCCCAUUAGUUGUAAUUGUUCCUAUAAAUAAAAUAUCCCUAAAAAAUAA